CCAGACUCAUCGUCAACUAGAGACUGCUAUGACUGAGCCUGUUGAGCAAGGCUGCGCCGUCCAAGGAAAGACACGCUUUCUUAUUACAUUUGCGGACUCCAUACCUAAUGGCGGGGACCUUCAAGUGAAUGGCAGGAGCGAUUCGCCAUCUGGAUCUUCCGUCGCUGACGACAACUUUACCAUUGAUGAAAAUUUCUUUGCCGGCUCUACUCUUGCCAGUGUUGGUCGUGUGCCAACCGAGCUCUCGGCACAGGCUGCACAUGCUGAAGGCAACGAUGAAAGUGUACUUUCUUUCUCAGCCGAACCUCUCCUUUCGUCAUCACCGGAUGCAUCUGACAGCUAUGUCAUAUUGAUGUCUACGGAGGAUAUGGGUAAACUAGGUGUUUUUAGCGGAGACUGGUGCAUAGCUGGUUCUUCAGAUGAUACUUCGCGACUAGUGCAAGUCAGAUCCAUUGAUCGUCCUAGAAAUUCCACGUCUGGCAGAUCCAGUGGACUACGAGUAUAUGCACCACCGCAGUUAUUGUAUAACUGUGGCAUAAGAUUAAACAAGGGCAACGCGCUUCCUAUCCGAGCGAGUCCUUUUGGAACGGGGCCUCCCUCAAUUCCAAUCGCUCGCACUGUGACCCUCGCCCGUAUUGCUUCACCAUUGUCUCUAGACAAGACCGGUCAUUCUAUCGCUCUCAAAGCCCUCAAAGCGAAACUAGGGGCGUCUAAAUGCCUUGCCAAAGAGGGUGAUAUUAUUGCUGUUACAGUUGGUAUGGAUGAUACAAUCGAGCUCGACGAAAGCAUAGACGAUGCAUCUACCGAAGAAGAAUACGAUGAGGUAUUCAAAACUAGUAUAGACGCCGAUAACCAUUCUUCAAGUAAUAUUGUAUACUUUGUCGUCUCUAGCCUGGAGUACGACGUUCCAAAAUCCAGCGUUGACUCUGGAGUGGAUGAGUUUUCAAGGACAGCUUCGGGAGAACUGGGUUGUUGGAUCGAUUCGUCCGUGACUAGGGUUGUCCAGGUGGGUCUCGAGCAUCUGCCCACGCCACACACCAGGCAUAAUCCCUCAACCAAUGCAGAUUUCGAUGUCGGCUCAUUUAAUGGCUGCUUCAGUAAGAUCAGUGAACUAAUUUCCGCCGCCUUGGAGAAGGACGCAGCAGCAUUUGGACUGGAUUUGGCCAUUCUCCUCAGAGGACCUGGUGAAUCAGUUGUGAUGACGCUCGUCGACACUGUUGCACGUUGUUUGGGAUUUCAUCUAUUAGAGGUCAGUGCAUUCGACAUUGUAGGUGAAUCGGAUACAAGGACAGAGGCGAGGCUCAAAGACGAGUUCGAAGUUGCAAUGUCGUGUUCACCAUGCAUUUUUCUACUACGAGAUGUUGACGGUCUCAUGCAGACAACUCAGUCGGAUAUGAGCAAAGAACCUACAGUAGUGCAAGCCUUCCAAGAAUGCAUAGAUAAGCUCGCAUCGAACUGGCGAGAGACCGGAUUCCCGGUAGCGGUGAUCGCAACAACUAGCCAGCCUGAACGUCUUUCUGCAUCAAUGCUAUCUUGUUUCAAGCACGAGGUCACCUUUGAGGCUCCCGAUGAACCAGGGCGUUAUGCUCUCCUGAAGUCUUCGAUUAGCAAAGAGAUGCUUGCAGAUGAUGUAUCGCUAGGCGACUUAGCCGUCCAGACUGCAGCUUUUACGGACGAUGAUCUAAACCAUCUAAUUUCAUUGAUGCAUCUUAAUGCGGCCGAAAGGUCCAUGGUUGACACUCGUGAAAACAUGAUAUCCGUUCGCAGCGGAAAACUUAUAUUAAACGAAGACGAUUGUACUGGUGCCGUCGAGAAGUCUCGAAUCUCAUUUUCACAGAACAUCGGAGCUCCAUCGAUUCCCAAGGUCUCAUGGAGCGACGUCGGAGGCCUUGCUUCGGUCAAACAAGACAUUCUUGAUACUAUCCAGCUACCUUUGGACAACCCAUCGCUUUUCGCAGAUGGUCUGAAAAAGCGCUCAGGCAUUCUGCUAUACGGUCCUCCUGGGACCGGGAAGACACUCUUAGCUAAGGCGGUUGCAACAUCAUGCUCUCUGAAUUUCUUUUCAGUGAAGGGUCCUGAACUACUAAACAUGUACAUCGGUGAAUCCGAAGCGAAUGUUCGACGGGUCUUUCAAAGAGCCCGUGAAGCCAGACCCUGUGUCAUCUUUUUCGAUGAAUUGGACUCCGUAGCUCCUAAGCGUGGUAAUCAUGGUGACUCAGGCGGCGUUAUGGACCGAAUUGUUAGCCAGCUCCUCGCCGAGCUUGAUGGGAUGUCCUCUUCGAAGGCAGGGACCGAUGUUUUCGUGAUUGGCGCAACUAAUCGACCAGAUUUGUUGGAUCCCGCACUUCUACGCCCGGGAAGAUUCGACAGGCUAUUAUACCUUGGUGUUAGCAAUACCCAUGAAGCGCAAUUGAACAUACUCGAAGCAUUAACGCGCAAAUUCCGCUUGGAUCCCCAAUUAAAUCUCAUGUCCAUCGCUGAACUGUGUCCUUUUAAUUACACAGGGGCUGACUUUUAUGCUCUGUGCUCUGAUGCGAUGUUGAAAGCGAUGGCACGCAAGGCGCACUCAGUAGAAGAGACAAUAAAACGACUGAACGAAGGACCUCGCUUGCCAAAUCACCAAUACCCACUAACUCCUCAAUACUACCUGAGCGAGCUCGCCUCACCACGAGAAACCGAUGUAGUCGUCUCCGAGAUCGACUUCAAGGAAGCUCUCCAAGAGCUUGUACCGAGCGUCAGUCAAGCCGAGAUGGAGCAUUACAACGAGAUCCAACAACGAUUUAGUGGAGAUUCAGGAAGGGAUCAAGUAAUUUAAGCAUCUACAGUAAUAUACAUAAUUGGACGGUUCUUAGAACCAGCUACGAGAGCCCAGUCCGAACUUGUCUAGCAUCCCAUGGAAGGACUGUGGCAAGAUAGCGCCCAGAGCAGUAGAGUGCUUUGGUGCUGGAUCGCCUAUCUUUUCCCAGCUGUAGGCUAGUUUGCCGUCUAUCAUGAUUUUAACGGAAAUGACUGGUCUAGAUGCAUUGCGAGUGUCAAUGUCAAAGGACGCCCACUUGUAAUUACCAAUAGGCAAAUAUUUCAAAACACGCUCUGCUGGGAUUACAUCGAUGUCUUCAAUAAACCUCUCUGUUCCGUCCUCGUCCACGAUCCGCUGCAGCUGUCGUCUCUCGACACCAUGCAAACUCUCCAUCUCUAAAGUUCGGACAAAGGGAAUGUAGAACAUGCUCAACGGGCUAGUCGAAAAUUCGUAGAUGUUAUGCGACCAUUCGAACGGCCCGUUGUACUCUAUCGCGGCGAAUUCAUGUCGGUCCCCUGAUAAUAUGAAGACGUUCGCUACUGUAUGGAGCUUCUCGAGUAUUUCCUCUCGUUCUUGCUUAAAUCCGGGCCACGCGUCUGUCUGUGCAUCGUGCUGCCACAGUGUUGUGAAAGGAACUGAGGAAACGAUAAACUUGAAUGUACUGGUUUGGUUAACCUCAGCCAGCCAGUGGUACAGAUCCUCGAGCUGCUCUUUUCCUAACAUCGUCGAACGCUCCUCGCCUUCACCAGACGCUCUGGACCGAUAACGGCGAGCAUCCAUGACAAAGUACGC